UUACCGAAUGUUAGGAAUGGUGCAGCCAUCUGUUUUGAUGGUGGUGCUCCUGCUGCUGCUCCUAGCGACAUUUUCCCAUUCGCUUCAUCUGGAAAAUGCCAGCAGCAAGCCACCAACCAAGGAGCUACCCCGUCCGCUGAUCCCACUCGAGGAGGAGGGCCACAUGGACGCUGAGAUUGAGAUGGGAACAUUCCAGAGAGAGCGCAAUGGUCGCUCACGUCGCCCCACCCUGAUGGAUGUGGCGUUGCAGCAGAGCGUGCGGCAGGGACUGGACGCCAUGGCCGAGCUCUAUGGCCGCAUCCAGCCGGAGAUGCUGCGCAAUGGUCAAACCCUACAGGACAAUCAUCCGGCCGCGAUGCUCUCCCGCUUCAAUGCCCCCACCGUGGACACCGAGCGACGGGAGAUGGCCGCCUAUGCGACCAUAGCAGCAGCCAAGGCCUUUCGCAAAAACUUCCAGCACAUCGAUGAGCUGGCCCGCCAGUCGCACGCCCAGAAGAUCUCCCUGCGCCGCACGGCUCUGGAGGGUCUAUGUCCGCCCCGGGAUCCACCACCCUGCAUGCCCGCCUCGGAGCGGUAUCGCACCCACGAUGGCACGUGCAACAACAAGCGGAGACCCCGCUGGGGAACCGCCCAGAUGCCCUUCAAUCGCUUCCUGCCUCCGGAGUACGGCGAUGGUGUGGACACUGUCCGCAGUUCCACGGAUGGCAGCACGCUGUCCUCCUCCCGUUUCGUGAGUUUACUAGUCCAUGGCGCAAGGGAGGGCGAGGCGCCCCUGACCUUGAUGAUAGCCCAGUGGGGACAGAUGCUCGAUCACGACAUGACCUCCACGGCACAGCCACGCUCCAUCAAUGGCUCGAUUCCCAGCUGCUGUGGCGGCAAGGACUUCCAUCCCGCUUGCUUUCCCAUCAAGGUGCCCCUGGAUGAUCCCUGGCUGGCACCGCUCAAGGUGCGCUGCCUCGAGUUCCUGCGUUCGGCUCCGGCCCAGCGGCGCGACUGUGUGCUGUCCUGGCGAGAGCAGACCAACCAGGUGACCUCCUACAUCGAUGCCUCGCCCAUCUACUCGAACAGUGCCAAGUCCUCGGACAAUGCGCGCGUCUUCCGACACGGUCUGCUCAUCUACGGACGCGGUGAUCCCGCCGAAGAUGUCUGCCAGCGUGGGGCCAUAGCCACCAAGUGCAUUCGUUCCGGGGAUGGCCGAAGCGGAGAGCAGCCCGGACUCCUGGCCAUGCACCACGUUUGGGUGGGCGAACACAAUCGCAUUGCCAUGGAGCUGAGCGAGAUGAAUCCGCACUGGAGCGACGAGAAGGUCUACCAGGAGACGCGGCGACUUGUCGGAGCCAUGUUCCAGCAUAUCACCUACCGCGAAUUCCUGCCAGUCGUCCUGGGGCGAGAGGUGUGCCGUCUCUUCGACCUGGACCUACUCCCCACGGGCUACUACGAACGCUACAGCUCCAAGGUUAAUCCCACGGUGGCUAAUGCCUUUGCCGCGGCUGCCUUCCGCUUUGGCCACUCCCUGGUGCAGAACUCCUACACGAGAUGCGAUCGCCAUCACAAUGUGAUCAACAAUAAUGUUAGCCUGCAUGAGGAGUUUCAGCGAGGAGACAUUGGCUCUGCCGGCUCCCUGCAUCGCCUGCUCAGAGGCUUGGCAUCCCAGCGUGCCCUUAAGCGUGAUGAAUUCAUCACUCCGGAGCUAACCAAUCACUUGUUCCAAACGGCUGGCUUUCCCUUUGGCCUGGACUUGGCUGCCAUCAACAUACAGCGUGGUAGGGAUCAUGGCAUUGCUCCAUACAGUGCCUGGCGUGUGCCUUGUGGCCUCACUCCCAUCCAAAGUUGGGAUGAUUUUGCCAACGUAGUCGGACCGGAGUCGGCCAAGCGCAUUGGCCACGCCUACCGCAGCGUCCACGAUAUCGAUCUGUUUGUGGGCGGCAUUGCGGAGCGUCCCGUGGUGGGUGGCUUGGUGGGUCCAACCUUUGCCUGCAUUAUUGCCCAGCAGUUCAGCAACUCGAGGAGAGGAGAUCGUUUCUGGUAUGAGAACGGCGGCUUCGAGAGCUCCUUUACGCCCGCGCAGCUGCACUCACUGCGGAGAGUGUCCCUGGCCCAGGUCCUCUGUCGGACAGUGGGCGGAGGUACGCUUCAACCGCACAUUUUCAUACCCGCAGAGUUCACGGACAACGAGCGGCAGAGCUGUGGAGUGGAUAGCCUGGCACCCAUCGAUCUGAGCCCCUGGCUGGAGCAAGAUCCGUUUGUGGCUGGACACAAUCAUCACCAGCAACCGGAUCAGGUGUUUAACAUCGGACAGCCGGAGCUGGGCUCGUUGCAGAUCAUCAAAGAGGAGAAGGCGGGCUUCUCGAAUCGCGUGAAGCCCGUCAGGCCUCAGGUGGAGGUCAAUCCCAAUUCGGGCAGUGGCUUCCAGCGUCCCAGCAGUGGCAACUUCACAAAACUAAGCGACAAACUCGACCUCAAACGCAAGACAGUGACGACAAACAAUAACAAUAACAAUCGUAGGGUGGCACCGACCCGAAAGACCGGCAACGGGGUAAGCAACAAACUGGACAAAUCUCCCAAGAUAACACUGAACAUUAAGAAUGUGAACGUGAGAAGACCAGAUCAGGGUGCGGGUCACAAGCGCAGGGUGAUCAUCAAUAAUGUUCCCCUAGAGCUCAGGCAUGCCGCGGGUGGGAAUGCAACCGAUUCGGAUGCAGUAACAGAGACAGAAGACGUGGACGAAGACCAAGAACAGGAAAUGGACAUAGAAGAGGACGUGGAAGAACUGGCAGAGUUACGGAGCACUGAACCACUGACAACGGACAACACGGAACCAAAAGCAACAGACCUACAGCCACUGACAAACAUAACCAAUGCUCCAACAGAGAAAGACAGCUCCAUAGACCCACUAAGACAAACAACUGACGACUUGAACGCCUCGAAGCGUGUCUCAAGGAAACUUUUACAGGGCAAGACAGCUGACUUUCGACUGCUGCACAUACAACGCAAUCGCACCAACCCAGGGGGGACCACUUCCACCACAGCCAACCUGGGACGAUCCACACAACUGACCAAAGCCCCCAAGACCAACAAGACCACGAAACGCGGAGUUGAACUGAGACAAUACCAGAGCAGACCGAUAUACACUAGACCCCAGAAGGUGGUGGUCAACGGACCGAACGCAGACCAGUACGAAAUCGAAAUCAACAUACGACAGACGAACAAAUCUCCACAGACACGCCCCUCCUCCACGGCGGACUAUGCCGAGUACACGACUGUCUACAAGCCGUACAACACAAACCACAACUAUGAUGCACACUACGGGGAGUAUGCCAGCACCACGCCCAUUCCCAGCUAUGGCUACUUUCAGCCACAGGCACAGGAGUUUAGCACACAAUCGAUCAGGACAAAGCCACCGACGAUUAUUUACCUGAACGACAAUGACGACAGACACCAGACCACCACUCGAGCACCGAACAUAUUCCAGAACUUUUUGACCUUUGCCACCAGCAGCUUCAAUCCGCUUGGUAAUCGACGUCCACCGUCUCCCACGCCACCGACUCCAAUCUCCCAGCCACAUAAGGAGCGGCCCUACUACGAGAACACAGUGGUGAACAGUCCCCUAAAUGUGGGAGGCACCCACAUUAUUGCGGGUCCAGCGUACUCCUCCAGACCCUCUUCGGUUCACUCGUAUCCCGUGUCCACCAGCUCACAGAUAGGCACCAAUCAUCAGUCGUAUCCUGUGCCCUCUAACUCCCAUGUGGGCGGAAGUCCGCAGUCGUAUCCCGUGUCCACCAGCUCCCAGAUAGGCGGCAAUCCACAGUCGGGUUUUCUGCAUGCCUCCAGCAGCGCCGUGAGUGCAGGUAACUUCGGGAGCAUCUCUGGGGUGGCCAGUGCCAAUGGAGCGGACAGCACAUUUAGCUUUAACAUACGACCACGUCCCAGUCCCGAGGUGAGUCCGGUGGUUAGCUCUUAUCCACGUCCACAAAGUCAGAGUGGCGGCGGCUACGGCUUGACGGGACAGUCUCCCUAUAGGCCAGACUAUCACCCAAGGCCGAGCGAACUCUACUACGAUCGUGAGCUUAGCUCGGACAGUAAUCCAAGUCCGUUCUCCAGUUCCGCUCAUAGACCAGUGACGCAUACGCACAUUCAGACGCAGACCUUUUACGAACGGAUACCCGAACUUAAGGAAGUUGAACCUGACAGCAACAAACUAAACCACAGCAAUGACAAUGACCUGACCAAAACCGAGAACAAACUUUACCUACAAGACUACGACUAUAUCAGCCGUACUCUAUCCAAUAUUACCAAGGAUGAGGACACCGAAAACGACAGUGACGACGAUUACGUAUACGAAGAGUACGAACCCAGCAACGACUUGGACAGUGAGGUGACGGGCAAGCAGGACAGAACCGACGGCAGUGGAGUGUCCACCAAGAAAUACGACAAAGACGGCUACCUGAGACCCCAACUGAUGCUGGACGCCACAGACAAGAACAUAACUGCCACGAACGUCACAGCACUGGACGACAACUACGUACUGCACAUGCUGGAGAACAAGACUCAGAGCAACUACGUGACGGAGGUACCCAAGCCCAUGCUGUCCACCUCCACGCGUAGCAUAACAAACAGCAAGGUGACCGUUUUCCCGGACAGCCUGGGCAAGCAAUUGGGCAACGACAUUCUAGCCGACGAGACGGACGACUAUGACGAUGACAAGACUAGAACUGGCACUGGCUCUGGCACUGGUGCCCUGCAGAAGGCUCAGAAACUGAAGCAGCUGGCCAGCGUGGCCUUUGCCCCAAUUACCGUACUAACCAAGCCUGACAGACCCGACAACUGGGUGAUCUAUAACAAGGCCAGUGAAGAGCCGCCUUUGCCUCAGCCGCCGACCCUUAGCGUGGAUGUGGCGCCCACCGGAGAGAUACCCACUCCCAUACGUUUGUUUAACAAUGGUUGGAAGAAACAAGAUCUGAAAGCUAAGCCGGAAUCAACCACCGAGGCAGAAAGACAAACCGACAGCACAACGGAGAUGGCGGAGGGUAGUGGCGCUGGAGAAGAUACUGGAGAGUCAACCACUGUGGCAGCAACAGAGAGCAACUAGUAAUGCCAAAUAAGCCCUAGAUUACUUAACAUUUAUUAAUU